AUGGAUUGGUUCAGGACUCCUGCCUCCUCGCCUAUUGCUCACAGCGCCCCUGUUAACGAUGCCAGUGUGAAGAUAUUCACCCCGCGUCAGGACCCCGAUGCCGUAGGGGACGAAAAGCAAACCGAGAUUCGCGAUAGAAUUGGGAGGAGUAUGCUAAAUGAACUCGUCACCUGCCCUUGCGAUGCUUUCUUCAAAGAAUACCUUCCUCCCCUUCCACCAGGAUAUCCGGCCUUGACCGCUCAAGUGUCUCGGAUGUUAACCGAAAAAAAAAUCAUGACCACCGGCCUUUUCACUGCGUUUCGGAAUAUCACCCCAAGUGGCCUCAAAGCCCGAUACGAACGGGACAAGGCCCAUGCCAAACCGGGCCAAGUUGUGCCAGUGGUCAACGAGAAGACAAUCUUCUCCUCGUUUGGAAAAAUCGUCACCGAGAUACGAAACUGUCUGCUCUGUAUCCCUGGCCUUUAUGUUAACCCUUUCCCCCUUGCUCUGUGCCCUGACACGUGGCUGGGCUCCGCUGUCAGCGGCGCCAACUUCAGAAUCGACUGUUGUACCACUUCACAAGUGGACAGCGACGGCAAGCCCGACCUCGAAGGCAAAAGGCUUCACGUCAGGAACAUCGUAACUCCAAUGGAAUGGAAAAUCUCUUCUUCCGAAAGACGAUCGAAUCGAUUGCAGGUCACAGCUGCGGCUAACCAUAUCAUGAACGACGAUGUCCGCCGAAUGUUCCUCUAUGGUAUAUCCGUUGAGAAUGAGAGAGUGACACUCUGGUAUUACUCUCGCUCUCAUUCCGUCAUGUCGAAAUCCUUCGACUUUGUUCACGAACCCCAUCGAUUGGUCGAACUAUUUAUCCGACUAUUUUGCGCCAAAAAGGAGCAACUGGGGUUCGAUCCCUGCAUCUCCAUCCCCAAGGCCGCCAAUGGCAAACAGUUUUUAUACAAAUUGCCACCUACCCCAGAAGCGAAAGGCGACAAACCGAAAGGCAAGCGCCGAUAUUUUUUGACAACAGAGAUAGUCGACGAGUACCGUUCCACUCGCAUCGCUGGACGCUCCACCCGCGUAUGGAAGGUAGUGGAAGUCAAGGGGUCGAGCCUUGAGCUUGUAGAUCCCAACGCCGAGCCACUAAUCCUAAAGGACGCCUGGAUCACUCACGAUGCUGACACCGAGAAGGAGAUUCAGGACAAGGUUUUCGGCGACAUCGAAAAAUUCGCUUCACGCGAUACCGUAUGGGCCUCCGACGAAUUGUUGAAAAAGUUUCCCAAGGCUGCACUUAAAUCGUUCGAGAAGGCACUCGAAAACUACACCAACUACUUCUCGCUCAUUCGACAUCAUUAUGUGGGGAAACCAAACAAGGAGUUGUCAAAAGAGGCGUGUUGGACCGCUCUGGACGUCUUUUUCCAGGUGAAGCCUGAAAGACCGCAGACGACGACAUCAACCCAACGAUCGGGUGACAAGAGCGGUUCGAACAAGAGAAGCGUCACAAAAGAUGGCGACAUCCUGAAGCAAAGAGAAUAUCGGGCGUUCGAGAGCAAGCGACGCUGUUUCUUUGUAUAUGAACUCGUCUGCACGCGCGUAAGCAAUCUCCCUACAUUGGGAGACGCGAUGGACGUGCUUUACCAAGCCUAUUAUGCGUUGAUGAUGAUGUUCUGCGCUGGGUGGAUCCACAGAGAUAUUAGCCACGGCAAUAUACUGGCGUAUAAGACCCCGGAUGGUCAGUGGCAAGUCAAGCUCUCCGAUCUGGAAUAUGCCAGGAAAUUCCCUCCGGAGGAUGGUAAGGUCCGCACUGACCCUAAAACGGGAACGCCAUACUUUAUGGCUCACGAGCUCCUGGCAUCUGCGGUACUUUAUGAGCCAAAGACUACCAGGCCCACGAAAUAUUUCGCCCCUGGCGAGAUAUUACCCGAGCGCGAGCCGAAGCAGGGCCUUAAACGGGCCGUUAUGCACAACUUGCAGCACGAUCUGGAAUCUAUAUGGUGGAUGGCGCUGUGGCUCUCCACCAUGCGAACGGACCUUCAAGACGCAUACUAUGCUGCUAAACCGAUCUUCCAAGGCUCGAUUACCCUCUCCACGGAACGCUACAACUGCUUCACGCUCGGAUUCGGGGAUGAGUUCCAGGCCAAGAUGGAUCCGUCUCUCCAAAACAUCAUCACUGAACUUGACGAGCUCCGAGAUCUUCUGCUCUCGGAGUACAGGGGACGCCAUCCAGACGACGCCUGCGACCUGCGGAAGUACAGCGAUGCUUGCGCCGGCUUCCUCAAUUUCUUUGCCUUCAUUAAUCCAUCGGUGGGAACAUGGGGCCCGCUUGCUCUCAAGGACCCAUCAUGGCUCGCCGACCCCAAGCCAGAGGAGGAGGAACCUUCUCGAAUCCAACCCGAACCCGCCGACCGUUCCACUGCAGUUGCCGAGCUCGAAGCGUCGCGAUCGAGGACGACCUAUUCAAUCCAAGAAGAAGCCGAACCGGUGCUUUGAUUUUGGGGACGGGGUCUGGUGUUUUUCUAAAGCUUUCGAUUGUCCUUUUUGCCUUUUUUUUUCGCUCUCGUUGUCCUGCUUUGUUCUCGCUAUCCGUUUUUGCUGUCCCUCGCUUGCUUUUUCAACCUCGCUUUCUCGACGUGUGACACCAUCACCUACCGUUGUAGUCGUAGAAUCACUUUCGUUGUCAAAAACUUGUAGUAAUGUGGACCGUAUGUCAGUGAAUGGCCUUUACCUCACUCA